GUUAUUUUGCCCCUGCAGGAGCACUCUGUUCCCAUCGUGGUCGUCAUCAGCAUCUCAAACUGCUGAACCGUGCGUGUGUGUGUGUGCUCGCGCGCGUGUGUGUGUGUGCGUGUGUGUGUGAGCUGCCACUGCAGGGGAAGACGAUGGGACAGGAGGGAGUGGGGUAUCGCUGUCCUGCAUUAACAUUCCGCUCAUGAGCAGGCGGAGAGACGGAGUAACACACCCACUGGCCGACACACGACGGGAAGCGCGGAGGAGCUCGGUUCGGUUCGGCUCGGCUCGGCUCGGUUCCGUUCGGCUCUGCUCUGCUCGCUUAUCCGCCAGUCGUGUCGUGAUACCAGGGCCAGGGAGGGUUCCUGCCUUCCUCUCCAGUGCUACCUGAGACUGAGAACAGUGCUGCGUUUGGAUUUGAUUUUCUUGGGAACCUCUUCUGCACACUGCGCACUUUCCCCGCGUGAUCACUUCACCGACGCGCGCGAGUCCUCUUUCAGGUUGUGGCUACUUAUCAUGAGUUGCGUAGCUGGUGACUGAAGUCCACCCUCUCAACUGAUCCAAGUUUAACCGUUCUCCUAAUCUGUGCCUUGUCCUCUGACCCAGGAUGCAUAAUGAUCAUUGCCAUGUAAAAUAACCUACAUUUCCGCAAAACCUUCAAAACGGGAACAUUCUCUUUCUAAUAUCUGCCCCAACACAAGUAUAGGCUUAGAAUAUUCCCUUCAUAGACAAAUAAUCUACCAAUAAUCUGCUUGAAAAUACGAUCCAUUUCCUGGCCUUGCCCCCCUACCAGCAGCAACCAUUCGUCCCUCUCUCGCCACAGCGGUCCUGCCAUCCAGGCCCCGCUCCCACCAGGCGCCCAGCAUGGCGCCCCAGGGGCGGGAGCACCUGGUGGCUCGGGAGCAGCAACAGGGUGCCCGAAGGCGCAGCCCUCAUCUUCGCCACACACUGAGCCCUGAAAACCUGAGGAGCCUAUCCGAGCGUGGUGGCACUGAAACGGCUGCAGCUGGCACAGCAGGACUCACUAGAGCUAACAGUGACACAGACCUGGUCAGUUCACAGGGUCGCUCUUCCCUCACAGCCUCUACGCUGGAGUUCACCCUCGGGCGUGGACAGAACCUAGUCAUCUCCUGGGACAUCAAGGAGGAAGUCGAUGCUACUGACUGGAUUGGCCUCUAUCACAUAGACGAGACCUGUCCCUCAAACAUGUGGGACUGCAAGAAUCGUGGCGUGAACGGCACGCAGUGUGGUCAGAUCGUCUGGAGGCUGGAGGCUGGCCCAUACUUCCUGGAUGCUGAGACCAGAAUCUGCUUUAAAUACUAUCAUGGUUUGACUGGAGCCUUGAGAGCCACAACGCCGUGCAUCACUGUCAAGAAUCCUCGAUUUUCAGCUGAUAGCCAAGGCGAAGGACAGCUGACUUCAGACACGAGCCGAAAACUGCUCAGCUUCACCCUGUCAGAUAUCCGAGCCGUGGGAUUGAAGAAAGGCAUGUUUUUUAAUCCUGACCCCUAUCUAAAGAUGAGCAUUCACCCAGGCAAAAGGAGCGGGUUCCCCACCUUCUCCCACCACGGCCAAGAGAGACGAUCUGGCAUUACAACCAAUACUACAAACCCUGUGUGGCAUGGAGAGAGACACACAUUUGUGGCCCUGAUAACUGAUGUCCUAGUAAUUGAGGUUAAGGACAAGUUUGCUAAAAGUCGGCCAAUCAUUAAACGCUUCCUGGGUCAGCUAAACAUUCCUGUUCAGAGGCUGCUGGAAAGACAUGCAUCAGGGAACCAAUCCCUGAGCUUCUCUCUCUGCCGUCGCUUGCCUACUGAUAAUGUAAGUGGUCAGCUGCAGUUUAAAGUGGAUAUCACCUCGACUAACCAGGACGAUUUCACCCCAGAGACAAUCCUUGGGGCAGCAGCUUUUAAUGGACCCCCCGGUACCCCUUCUGAUGAUGAAGAUUUGCCCCAUCAUCUUCAUUUACCUUCUGGUGUUCUGUACCCCACCCGCUCCCAAAGUUUUCGUCGAAAUGGCGAAGGAGGUGGUGCUCUAUCACCUGAUACAGAGGUUUGUUCUAGUGCUUUAGAUGAAGAAGCUCUGCCUUCUCUCAGCAUACUUCAGAGAACCUUUAGUGAGCAGCUUGAUGCCAUUGAGGCUCCCAAAGGACCAGGUGAGCGUCCAAUGGGCGCAGCAUCUCCAAAACUGAGCUCCAGCUUCCCCACCCACACCCGCCUCAGUGAUAUGCUCCACAUUGACUCUGACGAAGAUGAGGAGAGGUCUGCUGGUAUUGAUCCCAUACCGCCUGCUCUGAACGGUCUCACCAGAUGUCCAGUGAUGCUCCACAAACCUCCUGAAGAACCUGAGGAACUGGGGGAGCCACCAGAAGAAGUUGGGCUAGAGUCAGAGGUGGAGACUCUGAGUUUAGGGACUGAGGUGGUUCUGGAGCCAGAGGCUCUGCCCAGUUCUGUGGCUCCACAAGUAGAGACAGCAAGUCUGAUGGAGAGACAGGAUGAAGGAGAGGAAGAAGAAGGACUGGGGCCUAGUGAGGAGUUGGCCACCGAGGUGGAUAUCUCAUCCAUGGCAUCUGACUGUGGCCCCAUGCCUAUGUCUGCUGCUCAGGAAGCAGAACAAGGGGCGGAGACGGCUAUAGAUCCAGGGGGAGGGGAUCUCUCAGAUGACCCGCCCACAACCUAUGAGGUCAUUGAUGCCAGAGGUGAACCUCCUCCGACUGAUGAAUUUGAACUGCACACACCACCUCCAGAGUUAUUGGGCAAUGAGGAUGAAGAUGAUGUGGAGGAGGACACGAUGUCCCGAAGGUGGAGUCUAGAGGCAACAGCAGGCGUGUCACAGGAGGAGGACGAGGAAGAGGAGCUAAUGCAUUCAGGGGAGGGCGGGUCUAUGGACUCUGAGACUUUUGCUACAGACACAAACACAGAUCCAGGUCCCACUCAGCUAAACGGGCAUCAGCAGGUUCAUUCACUUCCCUCUGUAAGACAAGACAUCCAUCGUUACCAGCGUGUGGACGAGCCGCUUCCACCCAACUGGGAGGCUCGGAUCGACAGUCACGGCCGUAUCUUCUUUGUGGAUCAUGUUAACCGAACCACCACGUGGCAGAGACCCACGGGCCCUCCUGCUCCUCAGGGCCUAACCCGCUCCAGCUCCAUCCAGCAGAUGGAGCAGCUCAAUCGCAGGUACCAGAGCAUCCGCAGAACAAUGACCAGCGAGAGGAGCUCAGAGGAACCAAGCAUAGACUUUCCUCCUGUUGAUGAUAUGGAAGUGUUGUCCCACUCCAUCUCCGACUACCGUAGAGACGGCUCUUUGGCUCAGACCAGCUCUCACUCCCGUCUCGCCCUGCUGCUUCAAUCUCCUGGAGCCAAGUUUCUCUCCAGUCCCGACUUCUUCACUGUGCUGCAUUCCAACCCUAGUGCCUAUCGAAUGUUUACAAGCAACACGUGUCUGAAGCACAUGAUCAGUAGAGUUCGACGGGAUGUGCAGCACUUUGAACGCUACCAGCACAACCGAGACCUGGUCACCUUCCUCAACUUGUUUACCAACAAACAGCUUGAGCUGCCGCGCGGCUGGGAGAUGAAACACGACCACACUGGCAAGCUCUUCUUUGUGGAUCAUAACUGCCGUGCCACGACGUUCAUCGACCCGCGGCUGCCCCUGCAGAGCUCACGCUCCAGCGGCCUCUUGGCCCAUCGACAGCAUCUGAGCCGCCAGAGGAGCCACAGCGCUGGAGAGGUACAGGUAGCAGAUGACUCUCGCUCCCCGAGCCCGCCCAUGCAAUCUCGACCCUCGAGCACUUUUGCUGGCUCCAGUCGCAACCAGUACCAAGACCUGGUACCUAUGGCUUACAAUGAGAAAAUUGUGGCGUUCCUCCGACAACCAAACAUCUUAGAGAUCCUACAGGAAAGGCAGCCGGAGCUUGUGAGAAACCAUUCCCUCAGAGAGAAAGUCCAAUUUAUUCGGAAUGAAGGUGCGUCUGGAUUGGCUCGGCUCUCUAGUGACGCAGAUCUGGUGAUGCUGCUCAGUCUUUUUGAAGAGGAAGUGAUGUCGUACGUGCCGCCCCAUGCCUUACUACACCCCAGUUACAGUCAUGCCUCCCCACAAAGCUCCCCUGGAACUCCUCGUGCAAAUGCUCGCGCCCCCGCGCCUUACAAACGCGACUUUGAGGCUAAACUAAGAAACUUCUACCGCAAACUGGAGACAAAGGGUUACGGGCAGGGCCCAGGGAAAGUGAAACUGAUUAUCCGCAGAGAUCAUCUACUGGAAGACGCCUUUAAUCAGAUCAUGUGCUACUCACGUAAGGACCUGCAGAGAAGCAAACUGUACGUCAGCUUUGUAGGGGAGGAGGGGUUGGACUACAGUGGCCCAUCGAGGGAGUUCUUCUUCUUGGUGUCCCGUGAGCUCUUUAACCCAUAUUAUGGACUCUUCGAAUACUCAGCCAAUGACACCUACACUGUGCAGAUCAGCCCAAUGUCGGCUUUCGUGGACAACCACCAUGACUGGUUCCGGUUCAGUGGGCGAAUUUUGGGCCUCGCUCUGAUUCACCAGUACCUCCUGGAUGCCUUCUUCACUCGGCCGUUCUAUAAAGGCCUGCUGCGGAUCCCAUGUGAUUUGAGUGACUUGGAGUUUCUGGAUGAGGAGUUUCAUCAGAGCCUGCAGUGGAUGAAAGACAACGACAUUGAGAACAUGCUGGAUCUCACCUUCACCGUCAACGAGGAGGUGUUUGGUCAGAUUACAGAGCGGGAGCUGAAGCCUGGAGGAGCUGGUGUCCCAGUGUGUGAGAAAAAUAAGAAGGAGUACAUUGAGCGCAUGGUGAAGUGGCGCAUUGAGAGAGGUGUGGCUCAGCAGACGGAGAGCCUGGUGCGAGGCUUCUAUGAGGUUGUGGACGUGCGGCUGGUCUCUGUGUUUGAUGCCCGUGAACUGGAGCUUGUCAUUGCUGGAACUGCAGAAAUCGACCUGGCUGACUGGAGAAACAACACAGAGUAUCGAGGCGGUUAUCAUGAUGGUCACAUUGUGAUCCGAUGGUUCUGGGCGGCGGUGGAGCGUUUCAACAACGAGCAGAGACUGAGACUUCUUCAGUUUGUCACAGGCACUUCGAGUGUUCCCUAUGAAGGCUUCGCCUCUCUCCGGGGGAGCAACGGACCACGUCGCUUCUGCGUCGAGAAAUGGGGCAAAGUUACUUCCCUUCCAAGGGCUCACACCUGCUUUAACCGUUUGGAUCUUCCCCCAUACCACUCCUUCUCCAUGCUUUAUGAGAAGGUGCUCACUGCUGUGGAGGAAACGAGCACGUUUGGUCUAGAGUGAGGCUUCUGCACAGUCUCUCCUCAGUGAUCGUUUAUCGUGUUCUUCAAAAUCUGAAACCUUUUUUGCCUUUUAUUCUGUACCCCAAUCCUUAUCUCCAGUCUUAAUAAUGGCCUUGUUUCCUGGACCCCUUUUUUCCUCUGCUAUGAAACCAGGAUUAUGUGACUAAAGCAUGACAGCUCUUUCUGGGACCUUCUGGGUCUUCAAACACACACAAACAUAUGCUGAAUGCAUUAGAUACUGAGCAGGAACAUAAACACUUCACUAGUCUUUAAUACAGAAAUUCCUUCUUACAAGCAAACAAAGGCUACUAACAUGGAAAAUAACAGUUACACUAAAAUCCUCUGUAAGCAUACACAGUAUUUUCACCCACUUCACCAGAGAGAAAACACAAUAUACCACACCCACAAUAUACAAAAUAAACUGAUGGAUAUACUGUAUGUACAUUUCUCACAUUACACCGAUGAAUGAUUUGUGUUACAGCGAGUCGAUCAGCGUUGUUGUAAUUGUAGAGCAUGUUCCUCAUCUUAACAGAGAGAAGCUUUCAUUUAAAGAUGAAAUCUCGAGUGUAAGAGAGAUGAGGAAUUUAACACACUUUUGUGGAUAGUGUGUGUGUUCUCAUAUUUAUUUUACUGUUGUGGGUUAGUGGGGAGGAAUCUGUGCAAUAUUUCAUUGCAAUUAUUCUAGACACAUUUUGAACUGCUUGUAAUAAAUGACCUUUGUAGAAUAUGAUAAAAUGAUGAGAGAACCUGUAAUUACCUGCUGAUUUCACAUAGCUUGAUCUGUCUAAUGAAAAACAAUGAGCGAAGAUUUACUUCCACAGAGCGAAUCUGGUGAAUUCACGUCAGAAUGGAAUGCCACCCACCUUGAAACAUAAUCGCUUCAGCUUUAUUGCAUUUGCCGCAUGUGCUGCCUCAAACGAGCCAAAACCAAAUGUCAAGGACGUCAUUGCAUGUUGUUACAGACUUAUCUUGAUCACAUUGCAAUCCAGCAGCACUACAUUACAACACAAAGAAGCAGCAUGCCAUAAUGAAAUACAAUCACAGUACAAUCAGUCCUCUCACAAUUUUGGGGCGUGGCUGAGGUUACAUAGUUUCACAGAAGGAUGUCUCAGACAGCUGCUAGAACUUAAACAUGUUUUGCCAGUGACUGUGAGCUCCUGCACUUUUGUAAGAAAUGGGUUGUUAAAUUCUUCUCUAACUUCUUCACAGACAUUUGAAGUUUGCUUGACAAGCAGUGAACUGCAGGCUAACUUGUGCUCCUGGUGCAGCAGGCAGUGUUGGUUCUGGAUAAUUGAAGGACUGUGAUUGGACAGUAAUUCUGUUAUGUUUUGGCAUGUCUCCUCCAUUGCUAACUGAAAAGCAGAAGACUGGAACAAGCUACACUAUGUGGCCAAAAGUUUAUGGACACCUGACCAUCACACUUAUUUGAACAUCCCAUUCCAGAUUUCGUCCUCCUUUGCUGUUAUAAUAAGCUCCACUCUUCUGGGAAGGCUUUCCACUAGAUGUUGGAGCGUGGCUGUGGGGAUUUGUGAUCAUUCAGCUACAAGAGCAUUAGUGAGAUCAGGCACUGAUGUUGGUGAGGAGGUCUGGGGUUCAGUCGGUGUUCCAGUUCAUCCCAAAGGUGUUCAGUGGGGUUGAGGUCAGGGCUCUGUGCAGGACAUUCGAGUUCUUCCACUCCAACCUUCACACACCAUGUCUUCAUGGAGCUCGCUUUGUGCACAGGGGCAUUGUCAUGCAGGAACAGGUUUGAGCCUACAGCAUACAAAAACAUUCUAGACAAUUGUGUGCUUCAGACUUUGUGGCAACAGUUUGGGAAAGAACACAUAUGGGUGUCAUGGUCAACAUACUUUUGGCCAUAUAUUGUACUUAAAGGAAAACUCCACCCUGAAUCACAUGAAAUAUGUUUACAUUGAAAUAUUUAUGACAUGCUUAGUAAUUCUGGUGCUAAUUUGUUGGUUGGUGCUGUAUUUAUUUUUUUCCUAUGAGAAUUCAGUGGUUGUUUGCCACGCUGAUAUCACAGGCUGACUCGCUAACAUAGUUCCAGUGGUGUUUAAUAAACAAUCUUAACCAUAAGGAAUAACUUAUAAAUCAGGUUUUGCUUUUAGCUCCUAAAAACAAAAGAGCAAGAGCUUCUUAUCUCAUUGACCAUUUUCUAGCAACAUUCAACAUCAUAUUAAUGAUUCAUUACGACUCCACCACUCCAGUGUAGAAGUAGUGGAGACAUUGAUGCAAGUACUGGACUCAGAGUCCCAGAACGCAGUGACACGGUUAGGCUGAGUUACAGCAGAGACUCGGCUUGGCUAGUUUGCGAUCUAUGAGAUGACGAGUGCGAUGCCACUGUUGAGGAGGUGAGAGUGCUUGACAGGCUGAAGGACUAAAGCGCCACUGCAUUGCUCUCUUUAGAUAGACGUGAAGUGAGGGCACCACUGUCAAUAAAUAAUCAAACAGCAUUGUGGGUAAUGUAGAAAACCAAAGCAAAAACAUAGUUGAAAAAGUUUAAACCAAAAAAGUCAACUCCAUUUAUUCCUAAAAUGUUGAUAUACAAGUUAUUCAGGGAGGAUUUUUCCUUUAAAGUUGUCACCGUAAGAGUUUUGCAGAAUGAAUUCAAUACAGCUGAGUUCAGGUUUUAUUGUUAAAUAGUAAAUCCCUGCUCAUUGUUUCUCAGUAAAGAGAUUAAGUGUUGUGAAAAUGGUAUAAUAAAGGUUUGGCUUUUCAUUUUGGCAUUUUUGCAUCGGACAUUUUUAAAUCGUACUGAUUGUAUUUAAAUGUGGCACAGAUCUCAUGCUAUAUUUAAUGCACACUCACACAGGCUAAUAUUUUCCAAUAUUUUUCAUAUCCUAAUGCUGAAGCUGCAUGUCACUGUGUCUCCUGAGCCACUUUUAACAUCACAUUUAUUGUGUCCACCAUGAGAUUAAUGGCAGUAUUAUAGUUGUAAAUUGUUAAUCUGUGGUUUGUGGUUCAGAGAGGAAAGCAGCAUUGCUUAAGCGGCCUUUGGAUGAUGUCAGAGGGAGACGUUUUUCUAAAAACCUCACAGUAUUGGAAGUAACGAAGGCCACUUUUCCACAUCCUGCUCUGAGAUAUAAGGGAGGAAUAUGGUUCUAUAAGGCAUCUAUUAGAGUAUAUUAAAUUAAAAUAUAAAUUGAAUUAACUGGAAACAGAGAAAACUGACGACACAGUACUGGGGAAUAAGCAUUGCAAAUAUCAAGCUGAAGAUAAUGAUAGAAGUUUAGUGUGCUUUGUUCAAGGCUACGACUCAGUGAUAGGGAAUACCUAGGAGCUGCUACGUGGACUAAAAACCAUAUUAUUACCAUACUUUGUUUUCCUGUUGGCCAAAGAUUCAUAAUUCAUCACUAUUUGUAGAGCUUGCAUCUGUUAGGACAAAUCAAAUUCAAAAAUAAAUAUCUGAAUAAUGAAUAUUUAAUUGUAAAGGAAGUGCUAAGGGAAGCAACACAAACACACAAAGAACACAAAGUAAAAUGGCAUCUGGCAGUUUGAAUUUAACAUAAAGUCAGUCAUUUUAAGAAUAUUUUUCUUUAGGUACAAUUACAUACAAUUUACAUACAACAUACAGCGACAUCAUCCAGAGGCCUGUGUAAACCCCGUCAUCCAGGGGCCAACAAUCUCAAUGCUGACAGUUAGGUGCAGGAAAAAAGUUCCUUUUCCUCAUGAACUGGUUUGCAGAAAUGGGACAUUGUGUCUAUUGUAUUGCUCCCCACCUCCAAUCCACACAUCUGCAUCUCUACACAAAGAUUUUUAUGAUUUGUCUCCACUUCUUAUAUGUUCCCGAAACAGCAGUGCUCUUUUUCUCUGUAUAAACUGAUCUAUGGUUAAACUAAUGCAUGCAGGGUCUUAAAAUGCAGUACCUGAGUUUGACCCUUAGGUGUCAUAGCUUGUUAUUGCAUGCUGGAAGUAGUGACCCGACGCUGGUCCUGAUUAGUUUUACUUGCAUGAGGAGUUGCUGUUAACAAAGGAUGGGGUUAAAGAAGAAAAAAAAAUCACCUAUCUCAUGUUCACCUGUUUUGAUUUUGAUUUACCGAAGUUAAAGACUGUACAUGGAGGUCUGUAGCACCUGCUAACAAUUUGGUGAAACUGAGAUCAUGCAUGUUGUUCACAAUCAUGUCCAUGUUUGUAUAUAGUUGUAUUAUAUGGAUGCCUGUCUUGUUUCAAAAUAUAUUUUGCACUGAAUGUACCAAA